AUGAGUAAAAUCGUCAAGUGGUCUUCUUUACCCGACGAGCUCGUCGAUUUAAUAGCCGACCGUGUCUUCUCCGACGUGGAGCAUCUCCGAUUACGUAGCAUCCGCAAAUCUUGGCGUUCUGCGAUUGCCACCAACAAACGUUUCCCCAAACGCUUCAACCUCAACCGUAGACGCCCCCUUUGUUCUUACAGUGGACAUACGUGUUUACUUUCUCCCGCAGCUUUCUUCCGUGUGGUUCUCUCGUCAUGUCCGAACAAAGGAUGGCUUAUCAAAACUCAAGAUGUCUCGAAACUCCGUAAACAACUGGUUUCACCUCUCUCUCGUGUCUUCAUAAGCUCUUCCGAACCAACCCUAAAUCUUUUUGACUAUACGGUCACAGAGAUUCAUCAAUCUUACGACGUUCAAUACUCCGUAGAUUUCAAUAGAAUGUCGCUAAAUUUCGCUAGAGUUGUUCUCGUGGACGAUCUAGUUUUCGCUGUCAAUCGCUACAAAGAAAUCAGGUGGUGCAAUAGUGGAGAAAGUAGUACUAGUACUAAUGCUUGGACAAGAAUUCUAGAUGAAGAAGCGGAACAUUUCUCGGAUAUUAUAGUCCACAAAGGUCAAAUCUAUGCCUUAGAUAUAAAAAGCGCGAUAUGGUGGAUUAGUUUAUCUAAGCUUAACAUAUAUCAAUUUGGACCUUCAAUUCCAAUGAACGAGUACGACAUUAUUGAUUGCAAAGAGAAGCGACUCGUGGAGUGUUGUGGAGAUCUAUGCGUUGUUCAUCGUUUUUGUAAGAGAUUUCGCGUAAAGCGAGUUAAUAUUGAGAAGACCAUUGGUUUUAAGGUUUAUAAGAUGGAUGAAGAAAUGGUUGAAUGGGUUGAGAUCAAGUCUUUGGGAGAUCAGGCUUUUGUGAUGGCAACUGAUAGUUGUUUCUCUGUUUUAGCUAGUGAGUAUUAUGGAUGCUUGGAGAAUUCUAUCUAUUUUACAGAUGAGGAAGAGAAAGACAAUGUUAAAGUGUUCAAGCUUUGUGAUGGUAGUAUUACUAAGAUGGUGAAGUCUUCUUGUGAGAGUUGUUUUCAAAUGUUUUCUCCUCCUUUUGCAUGA